AUGAAAGUAAUUGAACCAGAAAAAGAAAGCACAGGAAAGAAACGGCGUUGUGAUAUAUGUCAAAAGGAAAUAACACAUAUGAAAAAACAUGUGAUGACUCAUACUGGUGAAAAGCCGUAUAGUUGUCCAGUAUGCAAGAGAAAUUUCAUUCAGUUCGGGGAUAUGAAAAAAUAUAUGACGACUCAUACUGGUGAAAGGCUGUACAGUUGUUUGAUAUGCAAAAAGAAUUUCAGUCGGUCCGACAGUAUGAAAUCACAUAUGAUGACUCAUACCAGUGAAAAGCCGCACAGUUGUUCGAUAUGCAAAAGGAAUUUCGGUGAUCUCCGUAAUAUGAAAAGGCAUAUGAGGACUCAUGCUGGUGAAAAGCCGUACAGUUGUUCGAUAUGCAAAAAGAAUUUCACUCGGUCUGACAGUAUAAAAUCACAUAUGAUGAUUCAUACGGGUGAAAAGCCGUAUAGUUGUUUGAUAUGCAGAAAAGGUUUCAUACAUAAACACCAUCUGCAGUCUCACAUGGCAACUCAUGACAUGAAUAGACCAGUCUAUCACUGUACUGUAUGCAGUAAAGAUUUUCAGGCUAAAUCCGGCUUGAAAUCGCACAUGAAGAAUCAUUAA